CGGAGCUGUCUUUGAGGAAACAGGAAGCCCGCGGUGACCCCUAGCGACCCGGUUUGUUUUCGGUCCGUUUCCAAACGCUGGGGAAUCGAAACUCGGCGGCCCUUGGGGCGGCCCCACGGAGCCUGUGUUCGGGCUGUCAUGGAUGCACUGGUAGAAGAUGAUAUCUGCAUUCUGAAUCAUGAAAAAGCCCAUAGGAGAGAUACAGUGACUCCAGUCUCAAUAUAUUCAGGAGAUGAAUCUGUUGCUUCACAUUUUGCCCUUGUCACUGCAUAUGAAGACAUCAAAAAACGACUUAAGGAUUCAGAGAAAGAGAACUCUUUCUUAAAAAAAAGAAUAAGAGUUUUGGAAGAAAAGCUUAUAGGAGCUCGAAAGGAUGAAGAAACAAGUUCUGUGGGACGAGAACAAGUAAAUAAGGCCUACCAUGCAUAUCGAGAGGUUUGCAUUGACAGAGAUAAUUUGAAGAGCAAAUUGGAUAAAAUGAAUAAAGACAACUCUGAAUCUUUGAAAGUAUUGAAUGAACAGCUACAAUCUAAAGUAGAACUCCUCCAGCUGAGGACAGAGGUGGAAACUCAGCAGGUGAUAAGAAAUUUAAAUCCACCUUCAUCCAACUGGGAGGUGGAAAAGUUGAGCUGUGACCUGAAGAUCCAUGGUUUGGAACAAGAACUGGAACUGAUGAGGAAAGAAUGUAGAGAUCUCAAAAUAGAGCUACAAAAAGCCAGACAAACGUAUCCAUCUCAGGAAGACAAUCUGAAGAGCAGAGAUCUCCAAAGACUAAGCAUUUCAAGUGAUAAUAUGCAAAGUGCAUACUGGGAACUGAAGAGAGAAAUGUCUAAUUUACAUCUGGUGACUCAAGUACAAGCUGAACUGCUAAGAAAGAUGAAAACCCCAACUGCAAUCAAGAAAGCUUGCGCCCCAGCAGGAUGCAUGGAAGACCUUGGGAAAGACAGUACAAAACUGCACUUGACGAAUUUUACUGCAACGUACAAAAGACAGGCCCCUCUCUCACCAAACGGCAAAACUCUUUGUCAUACCACGUCUUCCCCUUUACCAGGAGAUGCAAAGGUUUUAUCAGAGAAAGCAGCUCUCCAGUCAUGGACAGAUCAUGAGUGAUCCAUUCCUCACGAUGGCACAAACUUUCAGGAACACAAUUCUUACGGCAGAAAUUCUCUGGAAGAUAAUUCUUGGGUAUUCCCAAGCCCUCCUAAAUCAAGUGAGACAACAUUUGGGGAAACUAAAAAUAAACCUUUGCCUUUACCCAACCUGCCACCACUGCAUUAGUUGGAUCAACAUAAUCAAAACUGACAUUAUAAAAAUUAAUUAUGAAGAGAUUUAUGAUGUUCUCACGAGGUUGCUGUAUCUCCCUCAGUGAUUUUCUUGGGAAAUCAUUAACAAACUGAAAGCAGAUUUUGAUUAAACUUUUGCAGAGUUCUUCAGUAUUUACAUUUGC